AUGAGCAUUUUGCAGAAGAUCGCAGAAAUUGAGGCCGAGGUUCGUUCCAUUUUCCCUUAUGAUCAGGUUUUUUGCGAGAGUUGGUAUUACCAACAGUUGCUUCGUCCGAUAUCCUUUUUCCUUCACGUGGCUGUCCGGUUAGACAGCCGGUUCAACCGUUGUUGCUAAUUGCAAAUCUAAAUACCCCUCUAUCAGCUUUAUUGUCAUAUGAUACCUUUUUACUUCAGCGCUCCGUAGGGAGCGGGGAUACUGUUUUGUGCGCGCAUUCCCCCCGUCGUUCCGCUUUGCACGCAUCUCCUCACCUGCCUUAGAACAUAUUUACUGCGUUACUUUUAGACGAGGCGGACAGAACAUGCUGAUGUUCCAGUGCUUAUAAGUUGCCUACUUUGUUUAGCCUACGUAUCCGCCCACAUCGAUCGUGUCCCUCCGACCUCAUGCCGUUUGAUCGGUGCUCUCAGUGAAUGUCGAACCCUGAUUAUUGACUUCAGUGUCAGACGGACAUUUAUUCCAACUUUUCUAAAACUCCCUUGCUCACUGCUAAGCAAGAGACCAAGAGAUGGUGCGUUGGCUCUCGAUUUGGUUAGUAAAUGACCUCCUAGGGCAUAUAAGUAAAACCUGUACUAUUAUAUCGAUAUAUUCUAGCACAGUCACCUUCAGGAAGUCCACACCCGCCCUGUUGUAUAAUGAUUAUUUCCAACAUUCAAAAUUAAUCUCAUCAUCUGGCAGGCGAGUGGUCUUUAUCGACAUCAACCCACUAGAUUCAUGCUUACUGUGGCUCAGUCACGGCAUCGGGGAUGGUGUUCCUGAAUAAGGUCUAUUUUUCGUCCGAGUAAGGCCACCUAUUGUCGCGAUUUUUACUGAAAGCAAAAAAUUCGAUGACGGCCUUUUGAAAGCCACUGAUUGUCGCCACAUCGACCAGCCAAUGUCGUCCGUUCCACUCCAUUCACUGAGCGUCGCAAUUGCAGUUUGUGUCCACAGGAAUGCAGUCAAUCAGUACGGCUGUCAUCCCGUGAUUUGAAUAUCAUGUCGAUCGAUGUUUUUUCGGAGGCUGAUACUUCCUGUUAGCCGCAACCAAGACGUCAGUCGUCACUCACUUCUGUGUAGUCUCCGGCAUCCGCCAGAGCUACAUCCACCCACCAACUCUAGUCAACUUCAGCGCGCACUGACUGACCACCGCGGUAUCGUUAGAUUGUUAUCCACAUAUCAGAGGCCUGUAGUACGACGUUGACGUCAUAGUGCGAGUGAUUUUCACCUCAGUAACGUGGUCCUGUCCCAGAUAGGCGCAAAAGACGACCGAAGUGGGCCUGGGAAUGGGCUCAUUUAAGACUUUAAUACCUGCCUCUGACUACGUGAUCCGACAUAGCUGCCCGGUCGGGGUCUACGGGUACAUUGUGCAAACUUUGGUCACACUUUCUUUAAGGCAGACAAAGUUAAAGUGUAGUCGAUCACGUGUGCUCGACCUUCACCCGAAUUCGUCUGAAUAGUGUGAUAUUAGUUAGAAGGCUAGACUGUAUCAUGCAAUUCUCCCGCCGAGAUACUCGUAUACUUCUAUUUGGUACGGCUAUGAUCAUGUCGGAUCUACCUGACCUCGCUGAUGUCUCGCAUUUUACCUCUCCACGUAUGACGAUCUGCGGCAGUGGAUCUAGACAGAUCGACGCAUUCUCUUCUCCAGCAGCGACGGCCGAACACCAAACGUCCAAGAGCCAUCACCAUUUCAUGACGAACUGCAUCGAGCCAGGUCUUGAGUCCACCUUUCCUUCGACGCCUCCAGGUGAGCAGCGGCUCCGGAUCAAAAGCAGUGACACUGAGCUCGUGAGGCGGACAACGAAGAACGUGCCCAAACCACAUCGGUCGUCUUUCUUGCAUGGCCUGAGAUAUCCACGCAAUGUUGUUGCAGCGAGUGUGAACUGCAUCGCUUGAGACGAAUUCCGUGUACUUCAUUCUAAGGAUGGUCCUCAAACAGCGGUUGUCAGAUGCCUCUAGUUUUCGCCGUUUUCCUACAAACAAAACCUCAGUAUUCACAACCGUAUAGGAGGACUGAUCGGACAGAUGAACGGUGCACACAAAUCUUCGUGGCGAUGAUGUCGCGCGGGUCUAUGAGCACUUUCUAAGGGUUGAAAAAACCCUGCAAGGAGCAUCGAUUUGGGAGACAAUGUCGUCCCUUCUCCAGCCUCGUCACGAGGUAUUUGAAACUGUUUACUUCUUCAAGUUGAUAAAAAUUAAUCCAGAGGGGUAAUUUCCUGGUCAAGGAUGCAGGUUGAAAAUAAUUCGGCCUUCCCAGCGGUUAUGGAUAAACUGGUCGAAGUAGUAUCUUACUUCACCCAUGACAUCGCAGACUGUAGAUCGCGAAAGCUCGAAGCUAGCAAGGCCAUAUCGUCAGCAUAGUCGAGAUCAGUCAGUCGGCAUUCGGGUGCUAACUCAACACCGUCAAAUCCAUGUAGGGCCCUUCCGAGAAUUCAGUCAGUGGAGUAGUUGAGCAAAAUGGGCAACUGGAUGCAACCUUGUCGAACACCAGAUCGGAUAUCGAACGGUUGGUACGAAUGGUUAUGAACCAGAACUCGCGCACUGGCGAUGAUUUCUGCCGGUACGUCGUCUACUCCAAUUAUCUUCCACAGGGGCAGACGAUGGACUCAAUGAAGUGCGAGGGCGAAGUCAACAAAGCAGUCGGCCGUCGGUCGCUGGUAGCCAUGAUGCAAUUCCAUAAUGUGCCUCAGUGUGAAUAUCUGGUCCAUCCUCAGCUCGGAAUCUGGUCAGGUUGGGCAUUAUCCUAGAGACACGUCCAGUUUGAAGUCGACUAAGAAACGCAACGGCGAAGACCAUCGCAGCAACGUCGAUGAGGCUUAUGCCGCGGCAGUUCUUUUGCUCCAUCCUGCGCCGCCUCUUGAGGACAGACAAAAAUGUCCUAGCCCAGCCAUUAGAAAAGAUCUUAUGCUUACCCAGCCACCUCAUGGAGCCAGGGUGCCAGAAUGUCGGCACAAGAAAUGUAGGUUUCAGCAGAGAUACCGUGCUCUCGGGGCGCUCUGUUGCUUCGCAGCCCGCCUACAUUAUCUGCGGCCACUCAUUCAGAAGGGGAGUCUCAUGACACUGGAUAGCCCGGAGAGGGAUAGAAUUCGACAGAGAGCGAGGGUGUGAUGGAUUGUUCACCAAAGUGAAGAAGGUGCUCGAAGUGCUCACACCAGCGAUCGAUCUUGACCGAGUUGUCAACAAUAAAGCCGCCAGUCACAUCUCGAGCGGAGUCACUAAAUGUCGAAGGCCAACUGCCAUCUCGCGGAUAAUUUGGCUGUUUCCGGAUGCCACUAACAUCUGAGGCCUGUUGCAUUUUUCAUCCCAACAUUUCCUCUGGUCACUCCUAGCCGACCUUGCUAUCAUUUUCCGGAGUUGGCGAAAGUAAACAUCGUUGCAGGACCUACCUCGAGCCGUUUGAUCGGGCAAUUUCAGAGUCUCUGUUAGUCCAGUCACCGCGUCACCGCUGGGCGAAUCCAAGAAUUUUCUCAGAUACCCCCAUAUACUGUUAACUCCAGUGAUAACCACUGGCCACUGCCUUCUCUGUUGACUCGCAUCGUAAGACGGGGUCGGAUUUCUCUGCUCUGAGCCUCUCCGGUGCUCGUAUGCCAAUGAAAAACAUGCUCCAUGCGCUUAUAUUCGAGUACCACUGGUAAUUGAGAUGGUUCUAUGUGCUGAAUCGACCCGACCUGCCUCCUACCCAUACAAUUUGUAUGUAUUAUGACUUUAAGAUCUUUAUUCCAGUGUUAGUAUGAUCCUGUGUCGUUGAAUACGUAAUUGAAGGCUAAUUUGGCUCGCUCGCGUGUUUCCAGAUUUGCUGCCGCGGAUCGUCACGCACGGAGAAGUACAGUCCGUGACAUCAUCUAGGCCGACUAGACCAGACAUAAUCCCAGCCGCACCAGAUACAAGUAACUAAGUGUCCGAGUAUUUACGCCCCCUUGCCAUAGGUUGCAGCGUUAGUUGCCCUUUGUUUCCAUCCGUGAACUUUGGCGACCACCAUUUGUCAACGCCUUCCAUUUUUGCUCAGCCGCUUUUGUUUCCACAAUGAAUGGCUAGCCUCUGUAGGAUGGGUGUUUAGGCGCAUGCGAGAGAACUCGGUUGUUUUCUCCCUUACUUCACACUUAUGAAAAGUAUGGUGUUCUAGAAUACUCGUCGGUGGAAUAGCCGAACGGCGAGCGGGUGGAACAAGUCUAGGGGUGGGGUUUAGAUAGACAGUGAUGCGACAUUACUGAAAGUCGUGGCCUCAGUUGUCGUAUACUAUAUAGAAAUGUCUAUUUGUCAUGUUGUGUGUUAAAACUGCAGACUCCACCUGAGUAUGCGCGGUCCGGACGUCGGUAGGUUGAGGUGACGUAACCUUUCGGGUUGGUUUGUUCCGAUCUUUGCUGGUGGGAUUGUUCUGAGAGAUGCUGUCGGUUCCAUGGAGAUUGAAACAAAACUCCACAAACAGGGAGGUCGGAGACCAGAAUAUGCAUCCCUAAGAAGGAUUUGGUUAACCCCAUCAUGAUGCAAUUUUUUUGCAUCUACCCAAGUAUCUUUAUGCAAUUAUAGUCGCCCUUAUGCACAAGAAAGUAUCUAAUCUAAAUUCAUUUUCAGAUGGCCAGAACCCAGAAAAAUAAGGCAACCAUGGGUCACAUCGGUCUUCUGAAGGCCCGGCUUGCGAAACUCCGACGCGAGCUGAUUGAACCCAAAGGCGGCGGUGGAGGCGGCGCAGGUGAAGGUUUUGAUGUGGCCAAAACUGGAGACGCUCGGGUCGGCUUUGUUGGCUUCCCCUCCGUAGGGAAGUCCACACUGCUGACGAACCUUGCAGGUGUCUACUCGGAAGUUGCUGCCUACGAAUUUACCACACUUACCACCGUUCCCGGUGUCAUUCGUUACAAGGGCGCCAAGAUACAACUGCUCGACCUUCCGGGUAUCAUUGAGGGUGCUAAGGACGGAAAAGGUCGAGGCAAACAGGUCAUUGCCGGUAGGCUUCCUCAUUUCCUCUGAGCAACCUUUAUUAAACCAUUAGUCGCACGCACCUGUUCCCUCAUUUUAAUGAUCCUGGACGUCCUAAAGCCCCUGCAGCAUAAGCGUCUGCUUGAGCACGAGUUGGAAGGCUUCGGUAUUCGAUUGAACAAGCAACCACCAAAUAUUUCCUUCAGGCGAAAGGACAAGGGUGGUAUCAACUUUCAGACUUUGGUAUGCGGGCUUCUCCUGCGAGCUUUACUUUCUAGGUUCCUCUGACUGAGCUGGACAAAGAGACGGUCAAGACGAUUUUGACUGAAUACAAAAUCCACAAUGCUGACAUCACCUUUAAGUGUGACGCCACCGCGGAGGACCUUAUUGAUAUUAUUGAAGGAAAUCGUGUUUAUAUCCCCUGUAUCUACGUUCUCAACAAGAUCGACCAGAUUACAAUUGAAGUAAGCACCAGACCCCCCUACCCUGAUUGUUGCCUAAUGAUAGGAAUUGGAUAUAAUUUGCAAGGUCCCGCAUUGCGUGCCUCUCUCAGCCCACCACAAGUGGAACUUUGACGACCUACUUGAAAUGAUGUGGGAGUAUCUCAGUCUCAUAAGGAUCUACACCAAACCCAAAGGACAACUACCAGACUACAGCUCACCUGUUAUUUUGAAGUCGUCUGCGCAUACUGUCGAGGACUUCUGCAACAAACUUCACAGGAACAUCAUAAAGGAGUUCAAAUAGUAAGUUACACAAUUCGGCUUACUAAUUUACAUUCAAGUAGUCAAGAUAAACCCAUGUAAUGUCUCUUGACGUUCCCCCUCCCAUUUAGUGCGAUCGUUUGGGGCGCAUCUGUGAAACAUCAGCCACAGAGAGUGGGUAAGGAUCAUAUUCUUAUGGACGAAGAUGUCGUGCAAAUUGUGAAAAAGUAAGUUGACCUUUUAUCUGCCCGUCCAAAUAAGUUGGUAUAUAAGGAAGCCUUUUUGUGAACCACAGGAAUUUUAUACGGUUUACGAAAUGCACAGUCGAAACUGUUUUUGUUUUUCUGCAGGAUCUAA